UCAACACUGCCAAAUAUGAAGAGUAAGAAGGGAGGCGGUAGCAGGAAAAACGACGGGAAGAAGAAACACGAUACUAAACCUAAAGACAAACAGGAAAGUAAAACAGGAAAGAAAGAUAAUAAAGACAAGAAGCAAGAAAGUAAAGAGGAUAAGCAAAAGAAUAAGAAAGACAAUAAAAAGGAUGAGGGAAAUGGGGAUAAGAUAGGCGAGUUUAGCGGUGGCGGGAAAGAUGGUAAGAAAGAUGAUAAAAGUGAGAAAAAUGAUGGAAAAGAGGAUAAGAAUAGUGAUGGAAAAGAGGAUAAGAAUAGUGAUGGAAAAGAGGAUAAAAAGGACGAUGAAAAUAAAGAUAAUGACAGUGACGAAAAAGAGGAAGAAGUGGAAGGAGAUGAGGACACACAAGACUCUGCUGGUGGUGAUGCUGGUGGUGAUGCUAGUGGUGGUGCUGCUGCUGCUAGUGGUGGUGGCGCCGGUGGUGGUGGUGGUGCUGCUAGUGGUGGUGCUAUUGUUAGAGUCCAGAGAGUAGCAGAGAUCCCGCUGCUUGAAAGAACUGAACGCUCUUUGGAAGAUAGUGAAGGCGCUGUUGCUGUCAGAAACGAGCUGUCUCCUGCACUGACUGUUUCUGAUACACAACAACUCUCUCCUGCCAUGGUUGUUUCUGGUAGACAAAUACCUCUUACGAUCAGUGUUCCUGCGGAACAAGAUCCCACACCUGGAAUAACUCGUCCGGACAUAGGAGAACAUGUAGCGUCUGGAUGUGCUACUCCAGCAGGAGAUGGUCAAGUUUUAUCUGGAAUGAUUCCAGCGGGACAGGUAACUCUGUCACUUGGACUUGCUUCUGGAACUUCGACAAGGAACCACUUGCUUGAUCCUCCAGGGAUCAUUAUACACAAGGCGACGCCCGAAUCCACUAAAGCUACUACAAGAGAUGUGCUUGAAACCCCAAAAACUGUACCUUCAGGAAGACGGAGUCUUGAACUGCGUGGAACAAUUGCCUCAAGACAUGCGGACAUGGAAACUUCUUUAGGACAUUCUUUUGGAAGUGUCACUACAGGACAAGCCCUCCAGACUGCUAACAUCGUUACACCAGGACAUGUGCCACAAUCUUCAGAAAGUUUGACACCAGUGCAGCUACCUCCACAGGUGAUAUACACACCAAAACACGAGCGAAUUUUUACGUCUGUGCACGUAUUACCAUCACCAGUGUUAUCUACAGCAGGACAUAUAUCAUCGUCGUCAGGAACUGUCACACCAAGACAAGAGCCACAGCCUCCGGGUAUGUUGACAACAAGGCACGUACCACCGUCUUCAGAAAUUUGUGCAAAUACUCAAAUUCCACAAUCCCCAGGAAUCUUCACACCAAGACUCUUACCACCAUCUUCAGGAGUUUUCGCAGCACCAUCUUCAGGAGUUUUCACAGCACCAUCUUCAGGAGUUUUCACAGCACCAUCUUCAGGAGUUUUCACAGCACCAUCUUCAGGAGUUUUCACAGCACCAUCUUCAGGAGUUUUCACAGCACCAUCUUCAGGAAUUUUUACAAUAGGACAUGCUGCACCGUCUACAGGGGAGACUGCAACAGGACACGUACCACCGUCUCCAGGGACCUUUGCAACAGGACACGUACCACCGUCUCCAGGGACCUUUGCAACAGGACACGUACCACCGUCUCCAGGGGCCUUUGCAACAGGACACUUACCACCGUCUCCAGGGGCCUUUGCAACAAGAUACUUACCACCAUCUCCAGGGGCCUUUGCAACAGGACACUUACCACCGUCUACAGGGGCCUUUGUAACAGGACACUUACCACCGUCUCCAGGGGCCUUUGCAACAAGAUACUUACCACCGUCUCCAGGGAUCUUUGCAACAGGACACGUACCACCAUCUCCAGGGAUGCCAAGGAGUGAGCAUCUUCCGCCAUCUCCAGGUAUCGUAACAACAGAUCAGGUGCUACAGUCUCCAGGAAUCUUUACAAAAGAACAUUGCCCGCAGCACUUUCCCGAGACAAUAGCUACUGGGAUUGUGCCCUCGACCUUUCUUGCUCCAGGAAAGUUCACUUCGAGUGAUGGCAAGACUUACUUGCUGAUGGAACCAGAAAAGCAAGACCCUUGUCCCCAAGACCGGCUCCAUCCUGACCUUCCAGACAGUGACGAGAUCUCCGCUGUCACCACCAUGUUGAGGAGAGUCGAAGCCUUAGAGAAGAACACCACCUGGACUGAAUUAAGUUACCUGAAGGUGAGCUACAGUGACGUCAUCGUCAUACCAGAGAUCAUAUAUGUACCCAAAUUUUUUCGUCUAUACCUGGCGUGCUUGUACACGUGA